AUGGCAGAUACCAGGACCCGUAUCUGGCUCGAUUGUGACCCUGGUGAGUUGUAGACUCCUGUGUGAUACCUAUAUUCAAGUAGUCAUAAGUUGUUUGGAUAUCCUGCUGACGCAUUACCCUCCAGGCCACGAUGUAUGUAAUUGCACCUCUUGCCUCAACCACUUCAAAAAAAAAAAAAAGAUCAAUCUGCUGAAGCUGUCAUUUAGGAUGCGUUCGCCAUGAUCCUCGCUGCCGAGCACCCCAAUGUUGAACUCAUUGGUGUAAGGCCAAGGAAACCCAGCCAACGCCCUCUCUAGUGCAAUCUCUAACAAGGCCAGAUAUCCACCGUUCAUGGAAAUUCCUCGAUGGAUAACGUAACUGCCAAUGCACUCUCUCUACUCACAGCAAUUGGAAGGACGGAUGUCCCGGUGCACGCCGGAUCCUGCAAACCCUUCGCGCGCCCUGCCGUCCAUGCUCCAGAUAUCCACGGUAGCUCUGGUAUCGAUGGGACCACCUUGCUACCCGAUUCAAAGGUCGCUAUGAAACCAGGGAAUGCCAUUCUGGCCAUGUACGAGGCUAUCAUGAAGACACCGUUUCAAACUUGUGCAAUCGUGGCCACCGGAACCUUGACCAACGUUGCGUUAUUGUUCGCCGCCUUUCCAGAUGUAGUGGGACAUAUCCGAUGCGUUUCCAUCAUGGGAGGAGCUUUUGGCGGGAGGGAUGACGCCAAGGGAAACAUUACCAAGUGGGCAGAAUUCAACAUCUAUGUUGGCUACCCUUUCAGCUAUCUUUUAUCCAUAGCAUCUCGCUAACUCAUGCUCCGUAGUGCGAUCCCGAAUCCGCCCAAUCGAUAUUCUCCAACCCGGAGCUUUCUGGCCGGAUAACACUAGUUCCCCUAGACUUGACACAUACAGUCCUCGCGACCUCUGAUAUCCGAACCACGCUCAUGACGACAUCUCAUCCCACUACCAAACUCCGCAAGAUGCUUCACGAUCUUCUCACUUUCUUCUCGAAGACGUAUGCCGACGUUUUUGGAAUCACUGCUGGCCCCCCGCUCCAUGAUCCCCUAGCCGUUGCGGCUAUCAUUCCUGGCGAUGAAAUCGAGUGGGAUAUGGAGGAGGUUCAAGUCGAGGUUGUCUGUCACGGCGAACAAACUGGACAGACAAUCAAGACUCCAAGGGAUCAAGCCCAUGAGAAAGUCAGGGGAGAGGGACUAGGCAAAGCGGGUGUAAAGCCUGUGGCUUGGAUUAAAGUUCCUCGAAGCGUUGCUGUUGACAACUUCUGGAAGGUUAUGAUGUCAUGCGUCGAGAAGGCCGACGGAAGAUAUGAUUGGGUAUAGCAGUACCGUAUCCUAUGAAUAACGGACUACUUUUAGUUGUAUGUGACAAAAAAAGGGGGGGAACGUUAAUGAGGUCUUUACAAAGGUUUAUUUUUGGACGAUAAAAUAGCCAGGGGUGAUGAUCAAUGACAUAAAGACAGAGUGAUUUCACAUG